CGGAGCGACCCGCGCAUGCGCGUCCGGGACCCUCCCCUUUCCUCUUAUCGCGAGAGUUCGCUUACAUACAUCCGCGAGCCUACUGAAGGCGGGGGAAGGAAAGAGAAAGGAAGCCCAAGUCACGUGGGGGCGCGGCGUCCCGCCCAAUCAGGGCGCCGGAGCGCGAAGUCCUCCCGAGAUCCCGCCAAAUACGAGCGGGGCGCGAGGGAAGCGGGGAGCCGGACGGGGCGCCGGAGGGGACAAAAAGCCGCCGUCGCGGCUAUGGAGUGUCAAGAUAAAUCAGCGGUUCCAGCCCGGAAACUGAUACAAGCACGAUUGCCUUUCAAGCGUUUGAAUCCCAUACCAAAGGAGAAACUUGAUGGAAGCCCAGGAGUCAAAAGAGGCAGGAACUCUCAAAACGUCUUUGAUCAAAACACGCCCUGUCCUGGUUUGUCACAUCCGUUACCGGACAAUGUGGAGAACAGCUGCCAUGAGGAAACCGAGACACAAUUUGUUCCAAAACUUAUUAAUGGCAAGGGCCCCUUAGAUAGCUUUGUGCAAAAAAGCACAAAAAACAGCACAAGUCAGUUGCCCUUCAUAGACUUGACAGAGGAUUCCAACCACAGACUGAGUGAUACCGACACAGACCACUGCAAAUCAAACAAAGUAGCGGCACCUGUAGAGAAAACUCACGAGGAAACGGAAGCCCAAUCUGGUCCACAAAAGCCUGUUUGUAAUACCCCUGUGGAUGUUCUGAUGGCAACUUGCCCAGUUACACCAGAUGAGGAUGAAUUGUCAGAUAUGGUGUUGACCAAAACAGAAACCAAUAGUACUACAGAGAGCAAACACAGUAAUGUCAUAUUUGAAAGGAAAAUGCCCGUCAUUGUCCUGGAGGAUAUCCUGACGGCCAGAUCUCCACAAGCUUCACCUUUGGAAAGGAGCCUGUCUUCUGGAAAUGAGACAAUUGAGUCUUGUCCUGGAGAGAGCAAGGAUUAUACAAAUUCCUCGUUAAGUUCCGCCUCCCUUACCAGUUCACCUGAAUCCCUGUGUGUACAAGGAUGCAAGGACAAUAUUAGUCCGAUGGCUGCUUCAACACCUGUUGGAAAGGCACCGCAGAAAAUUCAGCGGAGUUCUGAGGAGAAGGAGAAACUAAAGCUGCAGAGGGAUCAGGAACGUGCAGAGAAGCUUCAAAAGCAGCAAGCUGAGCGGGAGGAGAAGGGGAGGCUGAAAGAGGAGGCGAAGGCCGCAAAAGAACGCGCCCGGGAGGAGGCGAAGAGGAAGAAGGAAGAAGAAAAAGAGUUGAAGGAUAAGGAAAGGAGGGAGAAAAGGGAGAAGGAGGAGAAAGAGAAGGCUGAGAAGCUGCGGGCGAAAGAGGAGAAACGGAAAGAGAAGCAGGAAGCUCUGGAGGCAAAGCAAGAAGAGAAAAGGAAGAGAGAAGAGGAGAAACGGUUGAAAGAGGAAGAAAAGCGUAUCAAAGCAGAGAAGGCAGAGAUCACCAGGUUCUUCCAAAAGCCAAAAACCCAGCCUGCUCCAAAGAUUCUAGCUGGCUGGUGUGGCAGAUUUGCUCCAUUUGAAAUCAAGGAGAACAUGGUCCUCGCGCCAAUCUGCCGAGUUGCGGUCGAUCAGGACCUCAUGGACCAGUUAGACUGGCUCUUGCAAGCUCAGAGCUACAGUGCUUCUUUCUUGGAAGAACUGAAAAGCAGAGAUCCCUGUAAAACUGGACCCACCCUUGUCAGCAGCCCGAAUGCUGAUGCAUUCAACAGCGACGUAGUCAUUGUGAGCAGCAGCCAAGCAGGAGAUGUGCCGGAGAGGAAGAAGUUCGGUAGGAUGAAGCUCCUGCAGUUCUGUGAGAAUCACCGCCCUGCCUACUGGGGCACGUGGAACAAGAAAUCCUCAGCCAUACGCCCAAGAAACCCUUGGUCAAAAGAGGAGAAACUUCUGGACUACGAAGUGGAGAGUGACGAAGAAUGGGAGGAGGAGGAGCCCGGGGAAUCUCUCUCUCACAGCGAAGGGGAUGAUGACGAUGAGGGUGGAGAGGAAGAAGACGAUGACGACGGCUUCUUUGUGCCCCAUGGGUACCUCUCAGAGGAUGAAGGUGUGACUGAAGAAUGUGACCCCGAGAAUUACAAAGCUCGCCAGAAGCUGAAAGCGAAGGAGUGGGACGAGCUGAUCACUAAGGGGAAGAGAUUCCGCGUCCUUCAGCCUGUGAAGAUCGGCUGCGUUUGGGAAGGCAAGGAAAACAGCGACGCAGAUCUGAGGCCCCUGCAGCAGUUCACAGUUUCUGUCCUGGACUCAACGAUUGCCGAUGAAGAUCCGUUAGAAAAAAGCAGCAAAAAGAAAACGAAAGACCAGCAAAUCUUGGGACAGCUGCUUCCCCUGCUUCACGGGAACGUUAACGGAAGCAAGGUCAUCAUCCAAGAGUUCCAGGAGUGCUGCCGCCUGGGGGUCCUGCAGGGCAACGACAACAACCCUACCUUUGCUCUGGAGGGCGGGGAUGCCAGCCCCACAAGCCCCAACGCUUCCUGGGCCCAGGCCCCCGCCCACGACGGCUCCGCCAUCCCUUCCAAAGCCAGGCUAAAACGGAUCAUCUCCGAGAACUCCGUCUACGAGAAGAGGCCCGACCACCGGAUGUGUUGGUACGUGCACCCCGAGGUGCUGAAGAGCUACGGCCAAGAGAACCUGCCCGUCCCUUGCCAGUGGAACUACGUCACCCAAGUGUCCUCGGCGGGCAAGGAGGACGCCAGCAGCAGUUUGCCGGGAGGGGCAGCGAUACAGACCACCCCGGUCUCUGCGAAACGGAAGUCGACAGGAAGCAUGUCCAUCACCAAGUUCAUGAAGAGGCCUUUCGGCACCGGACAGGCUGAAACCACAGAGAUGGAUGGAUUUCAGGCUGACACGGAGGAAGAGGAUGACGACGAAUGCAUGAUUGUGGACGUGCAGCAAAGCAAAGCACCUGCGUUGGAGACCCCGGAAAUUGCAUCCGAGGGAGUACAAGCAACUUCAGUCGUGGCCGUCGACUCCUCUAAUGCCGAUUGAUAUACACAGUCCCCACCCCACCCAUUAACUGCUCUGUAUGUAUGUAGAAUUCCUUAGAAUGGUUUUUUAAAAAACUCUUCUGUAUCUUUUUUUAUUGUAUAAGAUACUUGAACAUACUCUGUAUUCCUUGUAAAGAGAAGACGGCACUUUGUUCUGCUUCAGAUCAGUGGAAGCACAAGACGUACUUUUUAGAGGGUUAGUUGGGGGGGAGGGGGGACAGGUUUAGAUGAAAAUACACUUAUACUCUCUAAUAAAAGCAUUAUUGACCUUUUCA